AUGACCACCACCAACCACUGGCCACCACCAAUCACAACCACCUUCCACCACCACCCACCUUUACCACCCAUCACCACUACCCCCACCCACCGACCACCACCACCACUCAUCAUCACCACCUGCCUCUACCGCCCACCAACACCACCACCAACUACCACAAUCACCACUGACCACCACCACCCAUCACCACCAUCCUCCACCACCAACGCACCCAUCACCCACCAAAACCACCAUCACACGUCUCUACCACCCCCACCACCAACCACCAAAACCUACUCGUCACCAUCCAUCAUUACCACCUAUCACCGCCACUCGCCACCACCACCACAACCAUCCAUCACCCACCAACACCACCACCCACCUCUACCACCCACCACCACCACCCGUCUCUACUACCCGUCACCACCAUUACCUACCACCAUCACCCACCAUCAUUACCACUACCACCACCCACCCACCUACCAACCACACCCGUCUCCACCACCCGCCACCACCAACCACCAGACAUCCACACCAUCACUGCCCACCAUCAACCACCACCACCAAGACCAAACAUCACCACACGCCACCACCACCCGCCAUCACCCACCCAUCAACCCAUCCACCACUCCCAUCCCACACACCACCUUUCACCAACACCUAUCACUACCUUAA